UGCUUGUGAUUGGGCUGAGGUUACGCAUGUUUUACGCACGGUAGACGGAAACAGAAUUUUAUGGGUGUAAAAAUCUAAUGCUACGCUAACGCUGCGCGCGCGCCCUGCAAGCUAAACUAGCUAACGCGGAAUUCGCGCGCUUGCUGGGCUUCUGGAUUAAAAACAGUUAUAAAAUCCACAUGAGUAAAAUGUAACCGUUGGUUGGUACAAAUCGUCGUCAAGCUAUCUGCAAAACAAAUAUUUGCUAUAAACCAGAUUAUAUUUAACGAGCGGAGUUCCUUUUGAGAACAGCGCGGCCUAGCGGCGGCGAGUGUUUUUAAAAAUGGCAGCAAGUCAGAGCUUACAGACAUGUCAUUUUGCCUAGUUGGAGAGUGCCAUGGAUGAGGUGUUAAAAAAUGGAAAUGUUCAAAUACUUGAAGCCUUUAUUGAAAGAUCCUCGGAUCAGGAGACCCUCACGCAUUGUUCCCCACAUUUUUUGGACAAAUUGGACGAACUUGUCAGCAAAAGCUUAGAACAAAAUGAUGGAAAAGCUGCCAGUUUAGGUUUUGCUAGUCUCCACAAGUUAGGAAAACACCUGAAACUACCACAUGGAGAAGGGCUCUCAGAGUUCAUGAAUAAAGGACUGGUACAAAAGAUGGUACAGUGGUUCGAGAAAUGCAAAGAGCUAUGGAUCACGUGUGGCCCACGCUGGGAUGAGGCUUUGUUCAGUUUAUCUGAGAACUUCUUGAAUGCUCUAAUGGUGGUUCAUGAGGCAUCCAGGGAAGGAACAAUGAAAAUUACAGAGCACUUCCUGUAUCCUGUUGGUCAGUUGGCAGUAGAUCCCAGAAUCUACAUCCUGAUCCAGAAAGAGGCCAUACGCAAAUACAACCUAAUCCUGGACAAAAUUCCAAUGGAACUCAAGAAACGGAGGAAGAUCCUAACAUCCCAGGAAUCAUCAGAUAUCAUGACCAAACUUGCUGGUCGAAUAAUGAAGGGUGGUGAUUAUGACCUGCAGUCAUCAUUGAUGGAAGCAUUGUGCAGAAUGGCGACUCCAGCCCUGAGGAAAAAACUUGCUGAUCAGUGGUUCACUUUGGGGCAUGUGGCUACUGCUUUCUCUCAGAUCACAGAUUCAGAGUUUGAGACGACUUGUCGUAAGUUUCUGAACAUGGUGAAUGGCAUGCAAGGAGAGAAGAGAAGAGUGUGCUCUUAUCCUUGUUUGGAAGUUUUUCUGGGAAAGUAUGAGCUCCUGAUGCCCUCAGAUGAGAAUCUGGAAGAAUUCUGGAUUGAUUUCAACCUCGACAGUCGCAGCAUCACCUUUUACUGCUCUCUACCUGAGGAGAAGGAAGGUCACUGGGAGACGAUCUGCAUCAAUGAGAAUGAAGUUGAAAGCUAUUCUGUUACAGAGGAAAAAAAGAGGCAGGUCUUGAAGAUAAAGCUGUCAGAGGUGGUGGUGGUUGGGGAAGUGGAAGGAUCCAGACUCGUCAUUUACUUCAGCUGUGCCUUAGACAUCCUACAGGCUGCUCGCGGCGUCUUUGGCAACAUUCAAAACAAACGCACAUCUGUAUCAAAAACUGCAAUAGAGAUGAGCAGCACCCAGAUUGUUCCUGAAAGUCAGGUUUCCUUAAGUGGGAGUGAGAAAACUUAUGCAGCCCCCACUUCACGUGUCCCUCCUGGAAUUUGUCAGAUGGUGACUCCUUCCAGGAUGAAGGUGUCGGAGUCCACAGGCUUUGUAAGGACCAGUGCAAGUGGAAAAGUGAAUCCAGACUAUUUUGCUGCAUUCAAAUCAUCAGACAAGGACAAAGGGAGAUCCUCUGUGCAAACAGCAUCUGUGUGUGAUACAACUGUGAGAAUCAGUACAAAUGCUGGUGGCAUUAAACAAAAGAAGACUCCAGAGGCAGAAGCAACAGAAAUGUUUGUAGCUGAUCAGAAGGGAGAGCCGUCUCAAGAGCAUGAAAUUGUACCUGACACCCAACACAGAGCUGGCUUAAAAACAUCAUCUAAUUUGAGCAAAUUGUCCAUUUCUGAAAUACUAACAAUGCCAACGCAGAAGGUUUGCACUUUGCCUCAACAAGGUUUGGUGGGACCACAACAGACUUCAUCCUCAAGACAAAAAAAUUCAGUUUCCCACCCAAACUUAGCCAUCCAAAAACAAUUUCAUAGUGAGCUCACCCUGCGCCUGCAGCAGGUCCAACGUGAAAGAAACACAGAUCCUCCACUUCAGCAGCCAGUUAUGCUACUGAGAAAAACACCCAAUACCAGAGGGCGCUCAAAAGACAGAAGCUGCGGAAAUCUGGGUGAUUUUCCUGAAAAAAAGAACAACACUAAAGAAGAAUGUAAAGGCAAUCUGGAGACUGUCUCAGCAGAAGUCAAGAGCUCCACAGCCAGAACAACACGUAAGAGAAUGAAAGAUAAGGAGAAAACUAAGAUGACUCUUUCAAGCAACGAGAAAAGAAAUGCAGAGGUGGCUGGCAAUAUGGUGAAGUUCAUUUCUAGCCACUACGAUAAAAACACCCAAAGCACAGGAAAUCCAGCCCCCCCUGCAGUCAGUCCCACCCAGAAAUGCAUCCCCCCUUCUAUCAACAGACCAAAUUUCAACAUGAGCUGGUUAUCAAAAUAUAAAGGGAAAAUACCUGGAGCUCUGAGCUUUACAGCACCCAACCAAAAAAACACAACAAACUCAGUCAGGCCAAGUAAAGAUGUCUUUGAAUUCAACCUUGACUCUCCUCUCAGUGUUGGGAGGAAGAACAAAACCCACGCAGAAAUCUCUGCUAUUUCUAGCAGAUCCUCUGCUGUCAGCACAACCAAGAAAGCAAGGAAACCUGAGACCAAAAGUAAACCCAAAAGUAAAAAGCAUGUGUUUAGUGACACAGAAGUGGAAACCACCAGGACAGAGGUCAGCUGGCUGAUAGAAUCCUCCAUGAAGCCCAAGAAAAAAGUGAAUCAGUAUCAAAGACAGGCUGUCAGAAAACCCAGAGCCAACUCUCCUCAUCCUGGGCAAAAAUCUCCAGAUUUGCUCCCACCCACUUUGAAUCCUCUAAAAGGGAAUAACAAACCCAAAACGAAGAAUCCUGGUUUGAAGAAACCAGUGGAUCAACCAAAGGAAGCAAAGAUGGUGAGGUCAACUGCAGCCUCCAGCAUACCAGAAGCACCUGGGAAAAGACCCAGAAGAGGUGCAGCCUUAACAAGGAGUUACAGAGAGCUUCAUAGUGAUGACAGCCUGUCUGAACCCGAGAACGUUCCCGCUCCAAAGAAAUGUUCUGUGGCGAGAAAGAAGAAAAACAAAGAGUCCACUUCAGAGGUGCCUCAUCUAAAGAAGAAAACAAACAUCUUUACAGACCAACCUGAACAUUCAGACAAGAGGGAGAGGAACAGCAGCAGCAGGAGCAGCAGCAGCAGGCAGUCGGAUGUUGAAAAACAACCUGCUCUAAAGCUCAGUUCCGAUGAUGACCUUCAGAUUUCUCCUGGAGCGAAAAAGAAAACUGCCAAUCCUGCUCAGAAACGGAGAAAGCCUGUCAAAGACUCCUCGGGUCCCUCCAAGAACUCCUCCCCUUCCUCUGUUGAGAAGAUGAGAUCUGCAGAGGGGUCAGCCUCAACCGUGAAUUUGGCCUGCUCCACUACCCUCACCCCACAGGGGUCCCCAGUCCCUGUCAGCCCCAUGCUUCCCUGCCAGGGCGCCCCCUCGUCCAUCCUGCUGCUACGCAAACCUUGCUCUACAGUCAGCAGUGAAGGAGAAGGCAAGACAUCUUUGCACAGUUCAGAGAAGAACUUCAAUUUAUCCAAACGUCACUUGGGGAGGCCCGAGUCCACUCCCUGUUCACGGAAACAUGAAAUCGCUGUGUCCCGACCUCUCAAUGGACCCAAAACACCAGAGGAACAUCUGCCUCUAAAACCUCAGCCUACAUUUUAUCCGUCCACUCAGCCCCUGUUAACCUCAACUCUACUUCAGCAAAAAAUCCCUCCCGUAACUUCUACCCCUCAGUCGCCUUACCCUGAAGACAGCCCUGGUUUGGGAUGUCAGCUUGACUUCAGAAAAGUCUCAACAGAAUCCCUGGAUUCACUAAGCCCGUCGUCUGCCAAGUCAGUGGAAAUCAGCAGUAGAAGCUUCAAGGAGAGCCCCAAUGUUCCAGUGACGGUCUCCAUCCAAAGAGAGCAAACACCACUGGCAGCUCAGGACCUGGAUGCUUCACAGCCUUUUAUUUCAGGGCCCAGUCGCAAGCGUCGCAGCUCAAUGUCCAGUAAUUCUGAUGAAGAAAAGAAGAAUAGAUAUGGAAAAGAAAAAAAGAAGAAAAACCAGUUUAGAACGCAGCGCUCUCCUCGAAUCAAACCAAGGAAACUCUUCAAGUCAUUCACUGAAGUGUCUGCUUCAGAAAAGAUGAGCCUGGCUGUUUCUACAUCUCACCUGAGCUUCACUCACUGUGGAUCUGAUGCAACCGAUGGAGACGUAGAUGUGGAUGAGAGCUUAGGUUGUCCAGACAUUUCUGUAAACCAGAGUAGCUUGUACCAGCAUCUGAGCUCUGAGCUGAAAAACAAGCUGCAGAACCGCUGCAAAGUGCUGGAAGUUUACGGCAAGGAGUCUUCAAAGUCUGUUAAGAAACACAUCUCUUCCAUCAAUGUCCAGCUUAACAAACACAGAACUCAAAGACUCGAGCAUGUUAAGGAGGUUCUCCUGGAAGAGAUCCACAGCAUGGAGGAGAACGAGAACAUGCUGAAUAACAUGGAGAAAGACCUGACUAUAUUUUGGAAAAAGCAAACAGGGACCUUUAAGAAAUACCAGAAGCAAGAAGUAAGGAGAAAUGAAACUCUGAAGAGAGCUCUCCAGAUGAACGCAUCUCCCAGCCUCAAGUACGAGGCAGAAAUAUUCACAUCAGAGAUGUGUCUGAUAAAGAAAGACAUGAAGUCUGUUCAGGACAGGCUCCUCAAUGAGAUGCUAGAGGGGGAGAUCCAGAGUGUUAAAAGAGGACUCCACGCCUUGUUUUUCCAGUGAUGGAGUCCGGUUGAAUGCUGCUGCAUUCAUCAGCCAGAGUUUUUCUCAGCAUGUGAUGCACAUCGUCCUGUUUAUUUCAGCUGUGCUCACUUGACGUUCAUGUUUUAUGCUGCACCUAAUGAUCCAAGUUCUGUGUUUACCCUCAGCUGUUGUGCUUUUCCCCUAUAUGUUGAUGUUGUCAAAGUUCAAUGAGUUUUCUUCUGUAAAAUCUUUGACAUUUCUGAAACAUUACUUUUAUGUCAGAAGUUCUUAAAAGUCAUUUUAAUAUUUAUUCUUAAAUAAUUUAUUUAGAUGAACUUCUGAGAAUUGUAAACUAAAUGUUCGAAUUCUUAAA